CCUGAGUUUGUCAGAACGUGCUCAUUAAAACCGCUUUCCCUAGUACACUUCAACUCAAAGCCCAGCACACGCCAGUGUGAGUUUGAGACAGGGGAAACAGGGCUAGAAAGAGUAACAGAUCUAAGUAAUCAGCGUUAAAAGAAGAAAAAACCUGACAUCAUCUCUUGUGGGAUAUUUACCGGAUCUUGUUAUGAAGAGACAAUCUUCAUUCGACUUCGAAUCAGUGAUCACAAUCAACGGACAAAUACCUGCGAGGACAAGGUGACUAUGUAAAGACCCAAGCUUUAGGGAGCCAUUGACUGCAGUUUGGAACUUUAGGUAAAUAAUAACAAUUGUUUUUGAUUGAAAAGACAAUUAUUUUACGCUGAUCCCGUUGCUUUGCUUUUGCUGGACGGUCUUUUGAAACUCUAAAAGUACUUGUAGCAAAGUUCCUCUUCACUCACAGACAGAGAGGACAUCUAGUUUUUACUGUAAUCUGAUCCCACACACUCUGCAGUAAUUAUAAAGCAGAGCUGGGAAGCAGGAAAGGAGAUUUGUCAUUAAGGCUGCCUAAAUAAAGAGGCAGGCAAAGGGCGAGGUUUGUGGAUUGUGGGCCGUGGAGGUGCAGCGACACUCAUCUGAUUCAUCGAGAUCCACCCGAAGCUUCCCAUGGACCCCCAAGGAGGCCAUUAUCUAAACAAGGCAGCGGUGCUGUCCGGACUCGGCGCUGCCCGGAUGUGCCAGCUCCUUCUCGGUUGCACCACCAUGGCCCUGGUGGCCCACAGUGCGGGUUUCAGCGCCACCUACGGGACCUACUGCAUGUUCGUCUGGUGCUUCUGCUUCGCCGUCACACUAGUGGUCUUCACCCUGGACGUGACGAGGCUACACGGGUGUAUGCCCAUCUCCUGGGACAACUUCACCGUGGCCUUCGCCAUGUUGGCCACUCUCAUGUACGUCACGGCGUCAGUGGUGUAUCCGGUCUACUUCCUCAGGUCCGAGUGCCCGUCCGAGGGCUGCGAGGUGCGCAACUAUCGCAUCGCCGUCACCGUCUGCUCCAGCGUCUGCUGCUUCGCUUACGGAGCCGAGGUGUUCAUCACACGGGCCAAGCCGGGUCAUGUGGUUGGCUACAUGGCCACCAUGUCUGGCCUGCUUAAAGUGGUCCAAGCCUUCAUAGCCUGCAUCAUCUUCGGCGCUCUGGCCAAUGGCAGCGAAUACAACCGCCACAUCCCGACUCAGUACUGCGUGGUGGUCUACAGCCUGUGCUUCUCUGUAACCGUGGUGGUGGUGGCUCUCACGGUCUCAGGGAGAACGUCUUCGCUGCGCUUCCCGUUCGACCGCUUUGUGGUCAUCUACACCUUCCUGGCUGUGCUGCUGUAUCUGAGCGCUGCUGUGGUCUGGCCGGUUUUUAGUUUUGAUAAGAAGUACGGCACCCCGGGGCGACCAGAAAACUGUCCUAGAGAAAAGUGCCCAUGGGACAGCAAGCUGGUGAUCGCCGUGUUCACUUGUGCCAACCUGGUGCUGUACUUCACCGAUCUGGUGUACUCUCAAAGAAUACGAUUCGUCUCACAUUCGGCCGCAUGAGAGCAGCUCGUCUCCAGUCCGGUGGAUGUAUAUUAAUACUGGAAGUGUUGUAACAGACAGCCAUGCCAAUAAAAUACAGCUGUGUGUGUGCUUUUAGUACUUUAAAAUAUUCAGGAUUAUUUUUUAUUUUGUUGAUUAUAAUGAAAAUGUUGAGACUUGAGUAUUAUAUAUAUAAUUAUUAUUAAUAAUAAAGUUGUUAUAUGGCUCUGUAGAAUUAAAUCAAAGUACGUUUUGGACUCUUUAUCAGUGUAAAAUUGAGUUCUAUGGCAAUACCUCUCUGCAAUUCAUUGACGCUGUAUCUCUUAAAGGGAAAGGUCACCCGAAAAUGUAAAUUCUGCUAUUGUUUACUCACCUUUAUGUUGUUCCAACCAGAGAGAGAGAGAGAGACUUCUCUAAAUAUUUUAUAUUAAGUUCUACAAAGACUCACAGAGUUUGAGAAUGACAUGAGGGUAAGUUAAAGAUGACAGAAAUGUUUUGGGUGAACUGUCCCUUUAAGAAUGGUUGUUGUUUUUAUAUACUCAACACUUAAGUUUGUUGUGUAUUAGAAAAGUUAUUAAAUAGCUUACCAUGAGUACAACUUCAAGUGUAUGUUUCAUAAUUUAAAUAUGGAUAUAAUGUUGUGUUAUAUGUCACAACAGUAUUAGUAUUAGUAUUAUUUGAUUACUAAUAUGUUAAUACCUGCAUUUGGAAAUUUUCACUUCUAACACAGUCAGAUUGUCAGCUGCUUAUCCAAAGAUGUGAGAUCUGAGAAUAUAGCCUACCACUUAAAUAAAUACCAUACCAUUAUUAUUAUUAUUAUUAUUAUUAAUUUAUAAUUAUCUUCUUUCAGCUUAGAUAGCAAUCCCUGUAUAUCUGGUCAAUGUACUCAGACUCCAAAAACAUUUCAGUGUGUUUUUUUAUUUUUUAUUUUUUUAUAGCAUGUAACAAUAUAUUGUUACUUAUUGUCAAUAUUUAAAUAAAUCAAAUGCUAGUAAGUAAACUGCAUUAUGUUGUGCCCAGAUCAGUCUCUAUUUCUUUCUUUCUCACCUCUUUAAAAUAACAGCAAACAAAAAUGACCAGGAACACAAGUUAAGGCACUUUCUGUAUGAAAAUGAUCAUAUAGCAAUGUUGCAAACGGCGAAUCUCAAUGAAAUAUAU